CUAUCAUCCCGGGUCCGAACAAACACCUUGACCAUAUGGAUCGGGACGGCCGCCACCGCGAUACAAGCGGAACUCAGCCCUAUCCGAGACCCGCGAUGUGAUACCUUAAAGUUUAGAAACAAACCUCACAAGUGGAACGCCUUCUGCAGCGUGCAUGUGAGACGACAACCAAUGCAUUUUCAUUCCUCGAAUACCAAAAUCUCAAACGGAGCUCACUCCCCCCACACGCACAUAUUUGCUGGUUGCGCAAUCGCAAGUCGUGGCCAACGUUUUUUCCUGUCGUGAAAGCUACCAAGCGACCAAUGUCAUGGACUCUUCUCAGUCUCAGGCUCAACCUCAGCCUCUCUUCUGCUCCCCGGCAUUUCCCUCUGAGCUGCUCUGGUACAUCAUCCACCACUGCAGUUAUCCCACCACCUUGAUCGUCUGCUCCAGCCGACUCGAAUUUCUCACAGCUUUGGCUAGGGAUAUCAGGCAAAGCCAAGAAGAUGACGACAAGUCACAGGGUCAAGAGCAAGAAGAGUGGCAAAGUUCACCUCAACCAGACCAAGACAAGAUACCGACAGAUUCAAAACAAGACCAAAAGGAAGCCCAAGAGUUACAACGGGAAAUCCCGUGGCCCAGUAAUCAACAACAACCGGCAGCAACAGCUCAGUCAACACAAGAUGAACCCACCAAAACAACAAGCACCACCCCGGCGGCCAAAAUCACCCCGGGCCCUUGGGCCUCCCAACUCCUCGCCUCCCCCCUCUACCAAGUCGCCGUAGCACGACACAUCCGCAUAGUCUUCGUUCCCACCGUGUCCCACCUGCGCGCCUUUCUCUCUGUCUUUGAUACCAAUCAUAACAGUACCAACACCAACAAGGUUCCCACCCCUCCUCCUCCUCAUCCGUCGACUUAUAACCCCUUACCAAACCAGCAAGCACGUCCACAACCUCAACAGCUAUUAUUAGUCUACGGCUUUCUAGCCUUACAUCGUGAUUCGAGCGAGUGGAGCGUGCAAGGGCUGAACACCACGGCUGCUGUAUUGCUGGAGACGGGGAGGAGGGUUGGGUUGGGGGUUGUGGUUGUUGAGCCAGUUUGGUAUGAUGAGAGUCUGAGGAGCCUGGAUGAUUUGCUUGGGGAGAAGAUGCCAGUUGUGAGCGGGAGUGCUUUGAGAGGCGCAGGAGGGGAUCUUGAGAGAAGUGUUGGUGGUGGGUUGAUUGGGAGGACGGUGGAUGUUAGGAGGGUAUUGGGUCGAUGGUUCCAGUUUGGGUUUGGGGAGUGGGAAAGGGAAAGGCAAAGAGAUCGUUUGUUCAGUUGAGGAUGGUUGGUCAUUGCAGGAAAGAGAAUAUGAGGGUCGUAUAGUGUUCAGUACACAGAGCACGGCAGAAAGAAAUUUGUAAUCGUAAGAGUUCGUGGUCUCAUUCAGUGUUACAACUUUUGAUGCCUCCUAAAAGGGUAUGAAAGGCAAAGAUUACCACACCCAACCUUUCCAGCCUGCUGGGAACUAAACCGAAAC